AUGGCAGACCAGUCGCGGUUGAAGAUCAUCAGCGAUAAUCCCAUUGGGAACGGACUUGAUGCUCUCCGCACUUCGUUUCAGACCGUCUGCGCAGACAAGGAAAUUCCGUGCACUCUCGACGCGCUCGGCCAGCUCGAUUUUGAAGGUGGGAUGAUCACAACUGCGAUACCGCAUACACUGCUGACCGACAUCGGCAGUGGCAAGGACCUUUAUGGCGAUCUGUUAAGACUCAAUUCCGCCGUCCACUCCGAUGACUUCAAUCUCGACCGCAUCAAGCCUCUCCUAAAAGCAGCCCUCGCCGACCCUCCAAACGAUGCCCUAAUCUGGGACCUAGUCUACGACGCCGUCACCGAAUCCACCCCGCCUCUCCGACCGAUCGCCUCUGCUCUCCAGCAAACCCCAUGGCUACGCAACACUGGCAGCUUCGCCAAUUCGUCCGAAUACCGUAUAUAUGUGGACAACGUCCUUAAGGAGGAGCUUGGCCCUAUGUAUGUCGAUCUCCGGGACUUCCACAAGACGUAUUUUGGCUCUGUGCCAAACCUGGAGACCGCAUCAAAGACGUUCUUCGAGCACUGUUUGGAAGGCAGCAACCCGCUCUUUAACAACGGCUGGACGGGAUGGCCGGAAGGAGCGAAGCAGGACGAUGUGUUGAGCUGGUUCGCGGACUUCACCGAGAAGCUCGCGGAAUUUACCAAGAGUUACGAUUCCGCUCCGGAACGUAAACGAAGACCAUUGGCGAAGCCUAACGAGUCAAUUACCGGUUCUGUCGCGCAACGGAAGAUAGAUGUCGGAUUUGUGGACGACCCUAAGGCCGGGAAAAAUUCGAGGUGCCACUGGUCCCAGAUCCUCGUGCCCGGUGAGCUGAAGAGCAACCCAUCUACCGACAUCCCUUCAAAAGCGCGGCUCGAUAUCGGCAGGUACGCUAGGGAAGUGUUCGCCGCCCAGGAUACCCGUCGCUUCGUCCUGGGCUUCACUCUCUGCGGAUCUCUCAUGAGGAUAUGGGAGUUUGACCGGCUUGGAGGGGUUGCCUCGGACCAGUUUGACAUCAACAAAGACGGGCUGCGGUUUGUGUCUACGAUCCUCGGGUUCCUCUGGAUGAGCGAUGAAGAACUCGGGUUCGACCCGACGAUCAUGACGGCCCAGGGCCAACGGUUCAUCGAGAUCGAGCGGGAGGGUGCGACUGAGCGCCUCGUUCUCGAUAGGCUAAUGAAGCGUACACGCUGCAUCGCUGGCCGGGCAACGACCUGCUGGAAAGCACACCGUGAAGGAGACCAAGAUGCCGUGUUCGUUGUCAAAGAUUCAUGGCAAUACCCGGAACGCGAUGAAGAGGGUUGCUUGCUCCGUGAAGCGACUGAUCAAGGUGCACUUCACGUGGCCCGCUAUUAUCACCACGAGACCGUCCGGGUGCGGGAUGCAGAUGAUGAUGUCGAAAACAACGUCCGGAAGGGGUUGGAUGUCACCAAGGCCCCAAACUACCAGGAGGAUCGAUCGCGAUUUUCACCGAGCACAAGCACGGCAGGUGCAUCGCGCGCCGGUCAGAGCCGUAGCAUCGCUAGCACAAAGCGGUCGUCUGACCAAACUGGGGCUCCCUUGCCACCUAGCAAGCGUCACCAUUCUGCGUCUCCGACCAAAGCCGCAAGCGCUGUCCUACCAAACCGAGUACACCGGCGUGUCAUCCUUUCCGACUACGGAAUUCCAAUCUACGAAGCGAGCUCUCGAAAAGUGCUACUCGCCGCAAUGGCUGACUGCAUUGAAGGACAUGAGUUGUUGCGGCGAAAAGCUGGCCUCCUCCAUCGAGAUAUCUCUAUCGGUAAUCUCAUGGUGAGCAAGGACAACCGUGGGUUUCUGAUCGACCUGGAUCUCGCUAUCAAAGAGCAACGCGUCAGCGCCUCGGGAGCCAAGGGAAAAACCGGAACAAGGGCCUUUAUGGCCAUUGGCACCCUUCUCGGCGAGCAGCACUCGUUUAUGCACGAUCUCGAGUCAUUUUUCUGGGUCUUGUUCUGGAUAUGCAUCCACUACGACAGUCCCGGAGAGGGCAGAGUCAUUCCACGGUUUGAAAAGUGGAACUACGUCGAUACGGAGGAGCUUGCUGGAAUGAAGCUCGGUGUUGUGGCGAAGGAGUCGAUUUUCAUGAAGACAAUCACCGAUAACUUCACGCCAUACUACGCUCCACUCAUCCCAUUGUUGAACAGGCUGCGAAAAGUUGUCUUUCCCAAGGACAAACCGUGGGAACAGGAAGACGAAAAGCUUUACGCCCGAAUGAGAGAUAUCCUCCGACAAGGGGCGGAAGACAUGAAAUGAGGAGCAUUCGUGGGGGCAACAACAUGCUCCUAGCUAGCCUCCGAUGUCCUUGCGUAUAUCGGAGAGGAAUGGCAGGGAGUCGAGAGUGUCACAUGACCUUUGUUUAUUUUACCCCUGAACGACAGAGAGUAGGGAGGGCCAGAGAGGAGGGACUGCGAGAAGGGACAAGAGCGUAGCAGGAACAGAGAGCGAACAGAGAAACCACAUUUGCCG